AUGGGGAUAAGCAAGCAGAAAGCGCUGAGACUUUUGCUGCUGUUGGAAGAGGCUAAUGGAGAGCCAGGACGAGGCCGGCAGCCCGAACUGGAGGCACUGCGACGCCUGGGCCUCGGGAAUGUGGUCAAUGUGCCGCUCUACAGCGAUGCGCCAAGGAGCACUUACGACUUCGUUGUGGUGGGAGCAGGAGCCGCUGGCUGCACGCUGGCCGCCCGCCUCUCCGAGAACCCCCAGUGGAGCGUGUUCCUGGUCGAGGCCGGCGGCGUGGAGAACAUUAUGCACCAAGUGCCAUUGAUGGCACCCUCGCUGCAGGCCACCGCCUCCAACUGGGGCUACAAGUCGCAGCCGCAGCGCCACGCCUGCCGCGGCAUGCCUGAGAACCGCUGCGCCCUGCCCCGCGGCAAGGUCCUGGGCGGCACCAGCUCCAUCAACUACAUGAUCUACAAUCGCGGCAACAGGCGGGACUUCGAUGGCUGGGCCGCCGCCGGCAACCCCGGCUGGAGCUACGACGAGGUCCUGCCCUACUUCCUGCGCAGCGAGUCCGCCCAGCUGCAGGGGCUGGAGCAGUCGCCGUACCACAACCGCAGCGGACCCCUCAGCGUGGAGGACGUGCGGCAUCGCACCCGGCUCUCCCACGCCUAUGUGCGCGCCGCCCAGGAGGCGGGACAUCCGCGCACCGACUACAACGGCGAGUCACAGCUGGGCGUCUCCUAUGUGCAGGCCACCACCCUGAAGGGUCGCCGCCACAGCGCCUUUCGCGCCUUCAUCGAGCCCAUACGGCAGCAGCGCCGCAACCUGCACAUCCUCACCCUGGCACGGGUCACCCGACUGCUCAUCGACGAGGCCACCAAGUCCGCCUACGGCGUGGAGCUGCUCCACCAGGGCAGGCGUCUGCGGGUGCGUGCCCGCAAGGAGGUCGUCCUCUCGGCGGGGGCCUUCAACUCCCCGCAGCUGCUGAUGCUGUCGGGCAUCGGGCCGGCGGACAACCUGAAGGCCAUUGGAGUGCCCCUCGUGCAGGCGCUGCCGGUGGGGAAGCGGCUCUACGAUCACAUGUGCCACUUCGGGCCCACCUUCGUGACCAACACCACGGGCCAGACGCUGUUCAGCGCCCGACUGGGUCCCCCCGUGAUCAAGGAGUUUCUGCUGGGCCGCGCGGACACGUUCCUCUCGAGCAUUGGUGGCGUGGAGACGCUCACCUUCCUGAAGGUGCCACGAGCCCGAACGCCGUCCACGCAGCCAGACAUCGAGCUGAUUCAGGUGGCCGGGAGCCUGGCCAGCGACGAGGGCACGGCCCUGGCACAGGGCGCCAACUUCAAGCAGGAAAUCUACGACAAAAUGUACAAGGAGCUGGCCCUCAGGCAGCAGGAUCACUUCACCUUUCUGAUCAUGCACUUUGCCCCCGCCUCGGUGGGUCGUCUCUGGCUGCACAACCGCAACCCCCUCGAGUGGCCACGCAUCGAUCCCAAGUACUUCUCGGCCCCCGAGGAUGUGGAGUACAUCCUGGAUGGCAUCAAGGCGGCCAUUCGCAUCGCCCAGAUGCCCGCCCUGCAGUCGAUUGGUGCGCGGCUCCUGGAGCGCCCUGUGCCCGGCUGCGAGUCCCUGCCCUUCGCCUCCGACGACUACUGGCGCUGCUCCAUCCGGCACCUCUCGUACACGCUGCACCACCAGGUGGCCACCUGUCGCAUGGGUCCCUCGAGCGAUCCCAGCGCCGUGGUCAGUGCCCAGCUGCGGGUGCACGGCAUGAGGCGGCUGCGGGUGGUGGACACGAGCAUCAUUCCCGUGCCGCCCACGGCCCACACCAAUGCGGCGGCCUUCAUGAUCGGCGAGAAGGCAGCGGACAUGAUACGCUCCGACUGGAGCUGAGCCACAAGCGAAUGCAUGUAAAUGGGUCAAUA